AUACACUAGGCUUGUAGUCCUCGUCGAGUCGUCACCCAGUUGCUUAUUUUAUGUAAACGUUGCUUGUGUGCUGGUCCUCUUGUGGAACGUAGAUUACUACCUAUACCGUAAACAAUGGCUUCAGUGGCUUCAGCCACUGUCAGAGCAGUGAAGGCCAGAAGAUUAAUACCUACCAGAGCAGCUUUAGUUUUGACUCCAAAUGCUGUACAGAAAGUGAAGCAGUUAUUAGAAAAGCAACCAGAUGCUAUGGGAUUGAAAGUUGGUGUGCGUCAGCGUGGUUGCAAUGGUUUAAGCUAUACCUUGAAUUAUGCAACAGAAAAAGGGAAAUUCGAUGAAGAAGUUAUUCAGGAUGGUGUCCGAGUAAUCAUUGAUAAGAAAGCUCAGCUAACAUUACUGGGAACAGAGAUGGAUUUUGUAGAAUCCAAGCUCUCUUCAGAGUUUGUUUUCAAUAAUCCCAACAUCAAAGGAACUUGUGGUUGUGGGGAAAGUUUUUCAGUAUAGUAUCUGAGAAGAUUUGGAAUUGUUGGAAAUGUUGUGAUACUAUGCUUUUAAAAGAAAGGUAUACAUACAUAUUUUAUAUAGAUAGGUUAGGCUAUGAUGUUUGUCAGGGGAAUUGAGAUUAGCAUGGGUUUCAUAGUUACCCAUUUUGUCUACCUAAUAUUUUAGCAGACUUAUUUCAGUGCCUAAGGACUUUUACUGAAGCAUAAAUAAAGUAUCCUUGAAUCGUAUUUUCAAAAGCAACUUAUAAUUAUACUUUUGAAGGGACAGUUUUAUUUCAUGAUACAGUAUAUUUAGUAAGUAUACAUAGUAUAAUUUGUUUUCGUGUGUCUAGUUUUUGUGAUUGUCUUUGUACUGUAAUUACUUAAGCUGUAUUUACACAUUCAAGGAUUUUCCUUAGUAAAGUAAUUACUAGUUUGUAAAAUAUUAACUAGUAAAUAACUAAUUUUCAUAGUGCUUUUAGUCCUUAAAUUUUCCAUUUCAGUCCAGAUUAAUGUUAAGAGUAAAUGUUAAUCAAUACAGCGUAUCAAAAUUACCGUAGAUAUUUUACCAUGAUUUUUAAGACCAGGGUUCUUUAUUUGUAUGUGUCUGUUCAUUUUAAUUUUAAAAAUGUUCAAUAGAAAUUUUAUUUACUAUCUUCCAUAACUUUGUUUGGAGAUCAAAUAAGACCAUGCCAUGCAAACAGUGGUUCUUGAUACUUAUUAAAGUAAUAAUUUUCAUGGUGACAUCACCUGUACGUUUUAACAAAACCUUUUUUACACAUAGUGGUUAUUAUUAUUAUUAUUAUGACAAAAUCAAGUUAGUAUGCAGAAUGUUCAGUUAAGACUGAUAUGACUUUUUUGAAAUUAUUUUUACUGGAAUUCAACCGAGAAAAGGCAACUGAGUAACAAAUAAAAUAGAAAUAAUUAAAUGGAAAGUUAUCCAUCCUGUAUUUAAUGGAAUGAUCUUAAGUUCAUCUUUUGAGAGGUUUUAUUCUUAACUGACUGAAUACUGUAAUUGUUUUGUGUUGAAUAAUUAUUUGAGAUUUUGGUGGUUAGUACAACAAAGUAAUGUGUUCACAUUUGUACACAAGGAAAACUUAUUUACUCUUAAGCAUGCUACUUGUGCAAUUCAAACUAUUUAUUUUGAUGUUAAGGUACGGUUAAGAAGAGGGUAUUUGCUCCUUGUAAAUGAAUGAAAUUUAUUGUACAGUGUAAUGUAGUCAUUUCUGUAAAUGAAAAUGUAUAUAAGAAUAAAGGUAUUAUACAUUUA